AUGCCUUUUCCUGAUUCGGUGGAUUCGAUUGAACCUCCCGACACAGUCUUCUUUGAUGAGCUCAAUUUUGAUAAGAUAGAGCUGGCAAGUAUUUCUGUCGAUUUAGUUUCCCUCUUGAAUCGAGACCAGCGUGUCGCGUACGACACAAUAGUCAAUGCAGUCACUCGUGGCAUGGGUGGUUUUUUCUUUGUUUAUGGAUAUGGUGGAACUGGGAAGACUUUUCUAUGGAAUGUGCUUUCUGCUUCAAUACGGUUGAAGGGUCAUAUUGUUCUCAACAUGGCAUCCAGUGGCAUUGCAGCGCUGUUGUUGCCUAAUGGGCGAACUGCUCAUUCACGCUUUAAGGUUCCACUCAGUGUUAAUCAAGAUUCCAUUUGUAAUAUAAAGCAAGGAACACCUCUCGCACAUCUUAUUUCAUCUGCAAAAUUAAUUAUAUGGGACGAGGCACCUAUGUUAAACAAAUUUUGCUUUGAGGCUCUCGACAAGUGCCUUAAGGAUGUUCUUCGUUUCAAUCAUGGAUAUAAUCCCGAUGCCCCAUUUGGUGGAAAAGUUGUUGUUCUGGGAGGUGAUUUCCUUCGGAUAUUGCCUGUGAUUCCUCGUGGUUCCCGAGAGGAGAUUGUUCAUUCAUGUAUUAAUGCUUCGAACUUGUGGCAAUGUUGCCAGGUGUUGCAAUUGGCCGAAAACAUGAGGUUGGGCUGUGGUGCGCAAGAUAUCCACAAUGUACAGUUAGAAGAAUUUGCUGACUGGCUGCUUCAAAUAGGUGACGGGUUACUCGGAGACAGUACCGAUGGCAAAUCGGUUAUUAGAAUACCCGACAACUUGCUAUUGUAUAUUGAGUCUCCAGGUCUCCACGAUUUGGUGUUGUUUGUUUAUCCUAACAUUUUACUCCAUACUUCUAGCGUGGAUUAUUUUAAGGAUAGGAGUAUAUUGGCACCAACACUUGAUGUUGUUAUUGAAGUUAACAAUCAUGUGAUGUCUUUGAUCCCUGGCAAUGAAAGGGUUUACCUGAGCUCUGACACACUACUUAACGAAGAUGGUCACUUAGAAUCUGAAUUAUACACAAUGAGCACAGAGUCGUUGAAUGCGUUGAAUUGUUCUGGAAUUCCACAACACAGGUUAGUUCUUAAAAUUGGUGUUCCUAUGAUGCUUCUUCGCAAUAUUGACCAAUCUAAUGGACUAUGCAACAGUACGCGAAUGUAA